UAAUCAAGCGGCGACCUCUAGCCGUCGGAGGGCCUUCCUGUUGCAGCAGCCCGGCGUCUGCGGUGAGACCGAGGUCGUCAACAUGUAUUAUAAGUUUAGUGGCUUCGCACAGAAACUGGUCGGCGCUGUACCGACCGAGGCGUAUAACCCACAGGGACUGCGGCCACCAAUUUACUCUGAGCCACCCGCAACCGUUUUCGCCGGCCCAACAAAAUUGUCCGGGGAUUCUGCUGCCGCAUCUGAGUAUUUAGGAAAAAACAGAGUGCCCGACCUACAGAAAUUGUUCCAGAAAUCUGACGGUGUACCUGUGCACUUGAAACGAGGAGUCCCUGACCGUCUCCUGUACCGUACCACUAUGGCAUUGACACUUGGUGGGACCAUCUACUGUCUUAUAGCCCUGUACUUGGCCGCACAACCCAAAAAGAAUUAACAUCUACAGAGAAUGGGACUGACAAUGUACCGAUCACAGUGAACAUCAGCAAUUAACCUUCUGGCCCAAGUUUAUCCAUUUUAUUGUGUUUUAAAACUGAUAAAGGCUGCUUAUUUCAACGAAA